GCCGGUUGCUGGGAGAGUGAGGAGGAAAGGGAGGAAGCGGCACACGGAAGUGGUGGCCGUGCUUGGGGAGCCGGUGGAGGCGGUGACCGCGACGUCUGAGACGAAAACCCAGCGUCGAGGGGUGGGAGCUUGCAGAAAGGCAUCCACCUUGUAGGACCUACAUGAGGUGCAGGAGUGCCUGGGCUUCCUUGUUCACCUCAGCUAGCACCCAGACUGAUGGCGAUGGUGAUGGCGGCAGUUACUCGGACAGCCCCAGUUAAACUGCUCUUAGAGAGGAGUUCAUCUGUUGUCUACUACCCAGAAUAUUCUAUUUGUGGAGCCUAAAUGUUUCCACAGAACCCAACUCAACUAUCAGACUAUGAUCAAAUAUCAACAACUAUGACCCACAGAAUCCAAUUAAAAUACCACAGACUAUGAUCAGAAUGCUUCCAGCAAGUUUGGGGGCACAUGAUGACAGAUACAUCCAGAAAGUACCCAGAAGAAACUUCCUGCCAGAAAAACUGAAAAAACAGUAUUUAUAACACUGGAAUUUGCGGCUCAUUGUUAAAAUGGCAGAAAAUAAUGAAAAUAAUAAUAAAAAUUUAGAUGUAAGGCCCAAAACUAGUCGGAGUAGAAGUGCUGACAGAAAGGAUGGUUAUGUGUGGAGUGGAAAGAAGUUAUCUUGGUCAAAAAAAAGUGAAAAUUGUUCAGAUGCUGAAACAGUGAAUGCUGUAGAAAAAACUGAAGUUCCUUUAAGGAGCCAAGAAAGAAAGCACAGCUGUUCAUCCAUCGAAUUGGAUUUAGAUCAUUCCUGUGGGCAUAGAUUUUUAGGUCGGUCUCUUAAACAGAAACUGCAAGAUGCUGUGGGGCAGUGUUUUCCAAUAAAGAAUUGUAGUAGUCGGCACUCUUCAGGGCUUCCAUCUAAAAGAAAAAUUCAUAUCAGCGAACUCAUGUUAGAUAAGUGUCCUUUCCCACCUCGAUCAGAUUUAGCCUUUAGGUGGCAUUUUAUUAAACGACACACUGCUCCUAUAAAUCCCAAAUCAGAUGAAUUGGUAAGCACAGACUUGUCUCAGAGUGAACUGAGGGAUGGUCAGCUAAGACAAAGAAGAAACAUCGAAGAAGAGAUGAACUGUUUCUCACAUCCCACUGUUCAGCCCUGUGUCAUAACCACCAACAACGCUUCUUGUAGAGGUGGUCCUAUGUCUGGCUCUGUGAUGAACCUGGUUUCAAAUAACAGUAUAGAAGAUAGUGAUAUGGAUUCAGAUGAUGAAAUUAUAACACUUUGCACAAGUUCCAGGAAAAGAAACAAACCCAAAUGGGAAAUGGAUGAAGAAAUCCUGCAGUUGGAGACACCUCCUAAGUACCACACCCAGAUUGAUUACGUCCACUGUCUCGUACCAGACCUCCUUCAGAUCAAUAACAAUCCAUGUUACUGGGGAGUUAUGGAUAAAUAUGCAGCUGAAGCUCUACUAGAAGGAAAACCAGAGGGUACCUUUCUACUUCGAGACUCAGCACAGGAAGACUAUUUGUUCUCUGUUAGUUUUAGACGCUAUAGUCGUUCUCUUCAUGCUAGAAUUGAACAGUGGAAUCACAACUUUAGCUUUGAUGCACAUGAUCCUUGUGUCUUCCAUUCUCCUGACAUUACUGGGCUCCUAGAACAUUAUAAGGACCCAAGUGCCUGUAUGUUCUUUGAACCACUUUUAUCCACUCCUUUAAUUCGGACUUUCCCCUUUUCCCUGCAGCAUAUAUGCAGAACAGUUAUUUGUAACUGUACAACGUAUGAUGGCAUUGAUGCCCUUCCAAUUCCUUCUACUAUGAAAUUAUAUCUGAAGGAAUAUCACUAUAAAUCUAAAGUUAGAGUACUCAGGAUUGAUGCACCAGAACAAUGCUAGGUAAAGAGUAGGAACAUGGGAAUUUGGUAUUUUAUUUUUCUUAUAUGCCAUUUUGAAUUUUUCUACUAGGGUAGUUAGAGUCCAGAAUAAACCUCUGCCCUAAAUUUUGCUUCCAGAUCAGUUUAUUUUUCUUAUGCUACGCUAAUUGUUCAAGGUUACACACUAGGGAUUAAUUGUUUAAGGUUAUACACUAAGGAUAUUUGUGACCAGAUGUUUGGUGUUUGAUUUUACCAUGUAGAGUGUAUACUUAAUUUUUUUUCUUUUCUUAAUUGUAAUUUGCAUAUGAUCCAGGGAUAUUUGAAAUUUGGUAGGCAUUGUACACACAGUUAAAUAAUCUGUAUUUCAUACUUUCCUUUAGAAAUAAUCCUACGUCCUUUCCUACAUGUAAGCCUUUGUUAGCCUAUGCCAUUGGCACUCCUACACAUAAAAUAUAGUUUUCCCAUCCCCCUUUUCAGAGCUUUAAAAUUCUUCAGUAAAGCUAGGUGUGUUGUAAUUCAUAAUCCAUACUAAUAUAGUUGACUUUUGUAAUUUAUUAAUAGGGAUGUUAAAGAUAACAAAAAGGCUUAAAAUCAAACUUGAUGUGUUUUCAUUUUAAAUAUUAACUAUAAAGCAGGAUUGCUAAAUUUGAUUAAUCUUGUCAUUAAGAAUCAAAUAACAUUUUGGAGGUGAAUUUAUUCUA